GUUAGACCAAUGUUUGGAGAGCUGAACGAUAAAUCUAGUCGUGAGUUUACGCUUCAAUAUUAAAUACACAUACAUACAAAAAUACUAUUUAUUUUGGCUCAAUGAUCCAAAAGUGAAUCCUGGCCUCCGAAAUAAGAGAUCGCCACCUGUCCGGAUCCUGCGCAGUUUACAGGUUCUCAAAUGCUUCUAAUCUGGUUGCUCCUGAUCCCGUCAGCGGCCUGCGUGGUCUGUAAAACCGCCUGCGACCUCUGCGCCAUGUCCACCAGGAAGGAAACCGCCGCUUGUGCUCUAUGCAGAGAUUGCAAGAGAUCCGGAAGUCGUCCAUCUAAAGAUCUGAGAGAAUUGGAGAAGUUAGAGUUCAAACAGGUGAUGAAGGAGUACGGAUUGAAGCCAGAAGACCUGAUAGAUACUGACGAGGAUCUUAAGCAGGAGCCGAACGAGGAACAGCAUACAUAUGAUGAGAACCUGCAGGAAGUGCAGGAAGUGCAGGAAAAUCAGGAAAAAACGAAAAGUACUAAAAAAUUCAACAGGACUACUACUACUAUAGAUCCUAGAGCUUGUUUAGGCGAACUUCUGUGCUAUGACGUCAAUGAUUCAACGGAAGAGGACUUCAGUGGCAAACUGCUAAAAAAAGAAAUUAAUGGGAAGAAAAAGAAAUGCCGUUCCAUUUGUUCCCCAGGUUUCACACCCAAGCGUCUCAGGCCCAGGUCUACGACUUGUCCUCCUGUCACACCGUGCUUAAAGACCUUGAAGAGGGUUACACAGAAGAUGUUUUUUACACGCUCGACGCUACCUCCGUUUGAGUUUAUUACAAGCAACAUACAGAAAGACUACGAUUUAAAUGAUCAAGCAUGUCCAACUCAGCCCAGUUGCUCAGAUGACGAGGAUAACGAUUAUGAAAUACCAGUAACAACAAGGGGACCUGUUUCUCGGCCAAAGAUAACCAGGAAGACAUGCUGUCCCAAGGAACUGCUUAAACUGCUGUCCACACCAUUGCUGCCCUGUAUGCCGUGUAUGCCUGUAUGCCAAGUACCUUGCGGUGGUGUGUCACAGUCAACACAGACACCGUCCGUGACAACAUAUACGCCUGAAGAUUCCAAUGAAUCUUUUAUUACAAUUAAACCAAUGACAGCCAAGAUAACGCCACUCGUGAACAGCGAUGAGAAUAAAAUCCUAUCUAAAGAAGAAAUUAAUACAGCACCUUCGGUUUUCACUGAAGAGACGACGAAAGACUACCUCUAUGUAUAUGUAGGCGUUCCUAAAGACGUAAAUAAUAUACGUAAAGGUUAAAACA